AUGGAGACCCGGAGCGAGAGAGGCGACCAGGUGGAGGACGGGAAGGUCACUGCCCAGCUGCUGAAGAGCAGGACAGGCGAGUUCGACCUGGAGUCCAUCCUGCUGCUCAAGCUGAGGGGCCUGGGCCUCCUAGAGCUCGGCUGCCUUGGGGAGUGUGCCAGCCUGGAGUGGCUGGACCUGUCCGGCAACGCCCUCACCCACCUGGGCCCCCUGGCCGCGCUCAAAGCCCUGGCCGUCCUCAACAUCUCCUCCAACCGCAUCUCCAGCCUGGAGCCCCUCGGGGGCUGCGCGAGCCUGCAGAGCCUCAAUGCAGCCGGCAACUCCCUGUGCAGCCUGCAGCAGCUGCAGUGCUUGGUGGGGCUGCGGCACCUGGAAAACCUGCGCUUCCGCAAUGCUGUGGGCUGCCUCAGCAACCCCUUCUGCACCUCAGUGGGCUACCCGGCAGCUGUGGCCGAGAUGUUCCCCUGGGUCAAGGUGAUCGACGGCAACCGGGUCUCCGGGCAUGGCAGCGAGCUGUACCAGCUCUGCAAGGACCUCGACUGCUCCCUGCUGCAGCGCUUCCAUGGUGCCAAUGGCGCCGGUUCUUACGAGCCAGCCGGCCAGGCCCAGCCGUGGGUAGAGGAAGGCUACUGGGCUGCCCAGCCGGCCAGGAGAAGCUCCAUCGUGGAAGAGGCUUACAAGCAGUUCAACGAGGCCCUCCUGGAAUGCCGGGAGCUGAACAAGCGGGCCGACCACACCAUCUGCCAGGCUGAGCGGGCGCUUGGUGGGCGUCCCAAUGCCAACUCCUACCUCUUUUGAACCCUGGCAAGAGGACGGCCCCCACUGCUGACCUCCAGAGGUGUUGCGACUGCAGCUGGGGAGGGGACGCUGGGAACUGUUCUCCCAACACAUUUCGCCUAACCCUCACCCCUCUGCCCUGCAGCUCAUUUUUUCUGACCCCUCAGGAA